ACCAUCCUGAAGAAAAGCCAUGGCUACCACCAAUUCAAAGGAAUCCAUAAAAGAAGGCCUUGCUGAGAUGAAGGCCUCUUUGGGGCAAAAAAGCCUCCAAGAUGUAUUAGCUAAAGCUGAUAAAGAGUUAAAAUUGUUAAAGAACACGACACUUGACAUUGCUUUCACAGGGGUUUCAGGAGCUGGCAAAUCAUCCCUUGUGAACGCCUUUCGGAAUAUCUCCGAUUACGAAGAAGGUGCCGCUGAAACUGGGGUGAAAGAGACAACUAUGAUGGCCAUGAAAUAUCACCAUCCUCAAUUCCCAGAACUCACAUUAUGGGAUCUCCCAGGAAUUGGGACAUCUUCCUUUAAGCCAAAAGACUACCUAGAGAAGGUCAAUUUUAGCAGGUAUGACUUCUUCAUCAUUGUGGCCUCUGAGCGCUUCACUGUGAAUGACACACUGCUGGCCUCAGAAAUCCGAAAGAUGAACAAGAGGUUUUACUUUGUCCGCACUAAAGUGGAUCUGGCGGUGAAUGCUGAGAGAAGGAAGCCAAAGUUUAGCGAGACACAGACCCUGGAAGAGAUACGCAAAUACUGCCUUCGCAAUUUGGUAGAGGAAGGAGCAGUCGAUCCCAAGGUUUUUCUCAUAUCCAGCUGGCAUUUGAAUAUGUACGAUUUCCCUCUCCUACAGAAGACCCUUGCAGAUGACCUGAACGAUCUCAAGAGACCUCUUCUGAUCAUGGCGAUGCCGGCUUUCUCAAGAGAACACCUGCAAGAGAAGAAGGCUGCUAUGGAGGCCCUCAUAUGGAAAAAGGCCCUUUUGUCUUGUGGCGUCGGGGCGAUCCCUGUCCCAGGUCUCUCUCUUCUUUUUGAUAUCGGCCUCUUGGUGAGCACAAUGAAAGAGUUCUGCACAGCCUUUGGCUUGGAUGACGAUUCCCUCCGUAACCUUGCCCAGCGGGUCGGCAAACCUGUUGAUGUGCUGAAAUCCGCGAUCAAAAAGACUCCGAUGGCCAAUCUGAUCAACCCAGAACUUGUGCGUUCUCUGAUGACCACGUCAGCAGUGGUUGGCACAGCGAUGGUGCUGGAAGAGCUUUCAGAUUUCAUACCUGUCUUUGGCUCUGUGUUUGGCGGAGUGAAUUCUUUUGCCACCACGUUUUACAUGCUGAAGGGCUUCCUACGAGAUGCCGAGGAAGAUGCCGAGAAUGUUCUGGCAAAAGUUUCUGAGACAGCUAUGGAAGGCACCAACUCAGAAUUCACAGAAAAGGAACUUGAGGCAACAAAGGUCUCUUCGGAACAAAGAAGCUCCCAAGAGGAAUUAACUAAAACUUCUAAUGAGUUAACAUUCUUAAAGAACACGACGCUUGAUAUUGCUUUCACAGGAGUUUCAAAGGCUGGGAAAUCAUCUCUUGUGAAUGCCUUUCGGAAUGUGUCAGAUUACGAAGAAGGUGCGGCAAAAGUAGGAGUGCAUCAGACUACGAUGCGUCCAGAGAGAUAUCCCCAUCCUCAGUUCCCAGAACUAGCAUUAUGGGAUCUACCAGGAAUCGGGACACGUGCAUUUGAACCAAAGGAAUACCUAGAGAAGGUCAAUUUUCACAGGUAUGACUUCUUCAUCAUCGUUGCCUCCGAAUGCUUCACUGUGAAUGACGCGAUGCUGGCCUCGGAGAUCCGAAAGAUGAAUAAGCGUUUUUACUUUGUUCGCAACAAAGUGGACCAGGUGAUGGAUGCUGAGAGAAGGAAGCCAAGUUUUAGUGAGACACAGACCCUGGAAGAGCUAAGAAAAUACUGCCUUUCCAGUUUGGUAGAAGAAGGAGUGAGCAGUCCAAGGGUUUUUCUCAUAUCCAGCUGGUAUUUGAAUAUGUACGAUUUUUCUCUCCUUCAGAAGACCCUUGCAGAAGACCUGAAUGAUCUCAAGAGGUGUCUUCUAAUUGUGGCUAUACCGGCUUUCUCAAGAGAACACCUGCGAGAGAAGAAGGAUGCUAUGGAGGCCCUCAUCUGGAAGAAAGCCCUUUUGUCUUGCGGCGUUGGGGCACUUCCUAUCCCAGGUCUCUCUCUUGUUUUUGAUAUCGCCCUCUUGGUGGACACAAUGAAAGAUUUCUGCAAGGCCUUUGGCUUGGAUGAAGAUUCCCUCAACAAUCUUGCAAAGCGGGUCGGUAAACCUGUUGACGUGCUGAAAUCUGCGAUCAAAAAGUCUCCGAUGGCCAACCAGAUCAACCCGGAAUUUGUGCGAUCUUUCACAACCAAGUCCCUGGUGGUUGGCUCUGCGUUGGUGCUGGAAGGGGUUUCAGAUUUCAUACCUAUCUUAGGGUCUCUCGUUGGUGGAGUUAGUUCUUUUGCCAUCACCUACUACAUGCUGGACAGCUUCCUAGAAGAUGUUGUGAACGAUGCAGAGAGCGUUUUGGCGAAAGUUUUCGAGUAA